CAAUAUAACACUUUAUUAUCAGGGUGGGGAGGCGGCUGAGCUGAAACAGAAAGUAAAGUUGUUCUUUUGUUCAGGAUCCAUUUUGAGACGACAGAGCAGAAAAGACUACAUGGAGAUUAUUGAAAAAUAAAGGGACAGUGCUCUAAAAUGAGUCUCUCCGGGAAGAGAGAGGAGGGGGGCCCUGCCUCUAAAAUUCAUCUCUCUGAGGGACAUGACACCAAAGCUAAGAGGUAAGAUGAUAAUUUUAUGAAUAAUUUAUAAAGUUUAUUUCCAAAAUAAAUAGCUAUCUUAAGAUGAAUGCACUUACUGUAAAUCGUUCUGGAUAAAAGCAUCUGCUAAAUCAGGGGUUCUCAAUCCGGGGUCUGGGGAGGUACUGCAGGGGUUCUCAAUCCGGGGUCUGUGGAGGUACUGCAGGGGUUCUCAAUCCGGGGUCUGUGGAGGUACUGCAGGGGUUCUCAAUCCGGGGUCUGUGGAGGUACUGCAGGGGUUCUCAAUCCGGGGUCUGUGGAGGUACUGCAGGGGUUCUCAAUCCGGGGUCUGUGGAGGUACUGCAGGGGUUCUCAAUCCGGGGUCUGGGGAGGUACUGCAGGGGUUCUCAAUCCGGGGUCUGUGGAGGUACUGCAGGGGUUCUCAAUCCGGGGUCUGUGGAGGUACUGCAGGGGUUCCGCGGCACCCUGACUGUACUCGUUGCAAUGUCAGACAUUUGAUAGAAUUUUUACACAACCACUUUGCCUUCUCUUAAUUAUUGACUAAUAUAAUGGAAUGCAUCUUUUAACCAAUUGUGAUGGUUGUUACCAGCAGAAUAUUGACAAUAUAACUGUUACAUCAACACACUCUUCACACCCGUUUAACAACUCUAAAUAUCUUUGACAUAGUAGGCAUCAAGUCCCUUGCCAAUAAUGUUGCCUACAACGUUGCAUACAAUGUUCAUUUUCAUUGAACACAUAUUACACCCAUCUGAUCUCAGAGGAGAUGAGAGAUGUAAUGUUUGUCUCUGUUGUGUUGAAGACCAAUCAAGCAGGAGAGACCAGCCUCCCCUGUUCCCAGCUGUGUGUCCAUGAAGAGUGACCAGUCUAUGAAUUACCCUAUACACUUUAGAGAGGGAUACUUUUCUCCUGAACAAAGCCCAAUCCAUCAGGAGAGACCAGACUCACCCAGCUGUCUGUCCGUGAAGAGUGACGGGUCUAUGGACGUUUUCUAUGAUUGCGAAGAUGGAGACUUUUCUGCAUUUACAGGAAACCAACAGGAGAGAUCAGAGUCAGAGAUUCUCAGUGGUCAGUCUUCCCAGAGUCAUCAAACAGACCUGGCCUCCAUAUUCAGUUUGCUUGAAGAGAAAAUUAUGAUAUUUGUGAAGAACGAGCUGAAGAUGUUCAAGAGGAUUCUUAGGCCAGAACUCCCAGAAGGCUUUGAGAGUCAGCAGCAGGAUAAGGAAGUGGUGGAUGCUGAUGAUGAGAAGCAGGAGAGCAGUGCCAGAGAGGCAGCUCUGAAGAUCACACUGCACAUCCUGAGGAAAAUUAACCAGAAUGAGCUUGCUGACACACUGGAGAAAUAUUCAGAUGAGCUUGCUGUGAUUUGCCAACGUGAACUCAAAUCUAAUCUAAAGAAGAAGUUUCAAUGUGUAUUUGAGGGGAUCGCUAAACAAGGAAACCCAACACUUCUCAAUAAGAUCUACACAGAGCUCUACAUCACAGAGGGUGGAACAGGAGAGGUCAAUAAUGAACAUGAGCUGAGACAGAUUGAGACAACAACCAGGAAACAAGCAAGACCAGAGACUCCAAUCAAAUGUAACGACAUCUUCAAACCCUUAACUGGACAAGAUAAACUUAUCAGAACUGUGCUGACAAAGGGAGUCGCUGGCAUUGGAAAAACAGUCUCUGUGCAGAAGUUCAUUCUGGACUGGGCUGAAGGAAAAGCAAAUCAGGAUGUCCAAUUUGUAUUUUCAUUCCCUUUUCGGGAGCUGAAUUUGAUGAAAGGCGACAAACACACUUUGAUUGAACUUCUUAAUCACUUCUCAAUGGAAACCAAACAAUCAGGAAUCUCCAUCUACAACAAGUACAAAGUUAUGUUCAUCUUUGAUGGUCUGGAUGAGUGCCGACUGCCCCUAGACUUCCAGAAGAACAAGAUCUGUUGGGACGUCACAGAGUCAACCUCAGUGGAUGUUCUGCUGACAAAUCUCAUCAAGGGAAAUCUGCUUCCCUCUGCUCUCAUCUGGAUAACUACCCGACCUGCAGCAGCCAAUAAGAUCCCUUCAGGGUGUGUUGACCAGGUGACAGAGGUACGAGGGUUCAAUGACCCACAGAAGGAGGAGUACUUCAGGAAGAGAUUCAGUGAUGAGGACCUGGCCAGCAGAAUCAUCUCACACAUAAAGACAUCAAGGAGCCUCCACAUCAUGUGCCACAUUCCAGUCUUCUGUUGGAUUUCUGCAACAGUCCUUGAACACAUGCUGAAACAUAAGAGAGAAGAGAUGCCCAAGACUCUGACUGAGAUGUACACACACCUUGUGGUGUUUCAUACCAAACAGAAGAAUGAAAAGUAUCUUGGGAAAGAAGAGACAGGUCCACACUGGAAUAAAGAGAGCAUUCUGUCACUGGGAAAACUGGCUUUUCAACAGCUUGUGAAGGGCAAUCUGAUUUUCUAUGAAGAAGACCUGAAAGAGGCUGGCAUUGAUGUCAAUGAAGCCUCAGUGUACUCAGGAUUGUGCACACAGUUCUUUAAAGAGGAGUGUGUGCUGUACCAGGACAAGGUGUACUGCUUUGUUCAUCUGAGCAUUCAGGAGUUUCUGGCUGCUGUAUAUCUGUUCCUCUCAUUCAUCAACAACAAUGAGAAUCUAAUGGACAAACUGCAAACAAACGACGAGCCUGAAGUUACUUUCUACAAGAGUGCUGUGGAUAAAGCCUUACAAAGUGAGACGGGAAACCUGGACCUUUUCCUCCGCUUCCUUCUGGGCCUCUCACUGGAGUCCAAUCAGAAGCACUUACAAGGUCUAAUGACAAAGACAAGAAGCAGCUCACAGAGCCAUGAAGAAACAGUCAAGUACAUCAAGGAGAAGAUCGGGGAGGAUCUCUCUCCAGAGAGGAGCAUCAAUCUGUUCCACUGUCUGAAUGAACUGAAUGACCAUUCUCUAGUGGAGGAGAUCCAAAGAUACCUGAGAUCAGGAAGUCUCUCAAAACCCAACCUGUCACCUGCACAGUGGUCAGCUCUGGUCUUUGUGUUGCUGACUUCAGAAAAGGAGCUGGAUGUGUUUGACCUGAAGAAAUACUCCAGAUCAGAGGAAGGUCUUCUGAGGCUGCUGCCAGUGGUCAAAGCCUCCAGAGUUGUUCUGCUGUCAGGCUGUGGAGUCACAGAGGAAGGCUGUGCUUCUCUGGUCUCAGCUCUGGAGUCAAACCCCUCACACCUGAGAGAGCUGGAUCUGAGUAAGAAUGACCUGAAGGAUUCAGGAGUGAAGCUGCUCUCUGCUGGACUGGGGAAUCCCCACUGUAAACUGGAGACUCUGAGGCUGUCAGGCUGUCUAGUCACAGAGGAAGGCUGUGCUUCUCUGGUCUCAGCUCUGAGGUCAAACCCCUCACACCUGAGAGAGCGUUUGAGCUACAAUCACCCAGGAGACUCAGGAGUCAGACUGCUGUCUGCUGGACUGGAGGAUCCACACUGCAGACUGGAGAAACUCAAUGUGGAACAUGGUGGAGAGAACAGAAUGAAACCUGGGCUUAGAAAAUAUGUCUGUGAUCUCACACUGGACCCAAACACAGUAGACAGACACCUCUCUCUGUCUGAGGAGAACAGAAAGGUGAUACAUAGGAGAGAGGAGCAGCUGUAUCCUGAUCACACAGAGAGAUUUGAGGACUGGGGGCAGGUGCUGUGUAGAGAGGGUCUGACUGGGCGCUGUUACUGGGAGGUAGAGUGGAGUGGGAGGGUUGAUAUAGGAGUUACAUAUAAAGGAAUCAACAGGAGAGGAAGGGAUAAGGAAAGUUGUCUUGGAUGGAAUGACAAGUCCUGGAGUCUGUUCUGCUGUGACAACAAUUAUAUUGCCUGUCACAAUAAGAAUCGCACUACCAUAGACGUCCCCUCCUCCAGCUCCCACAGAGUAGGAGUGUAUCUGGACUGGCCAGCCGGCACUCUGUCCUUCUAUAGAGCCUCCUCUGACACACUGACCCACCUGAUCACAUUCACCUCCACAUUCACUGAGCCCCUCUAUCCAGGGUUUAGGCUUUGUUUUGAUGGUGACUCAGUGUCCCUGAAAUAAUAACAUGACACACAGACACACACACACUGGACACACACACACACACACUGCACACACACACACACACUGGACACACACACACACACACACACACUGGACACACACACACACUGGCAACACACACACACACACACACACUGGACACACACACACACACACACACACUGGACACACACACACACUGGACACACACACACACACACACACACACACACACACACUGGACACACACACACACACACACACACACACUGGACACACACACACACACACACACUGGACACACACACACACACUGGACACACACACACACAGACACACACUGGACACACACACACACUGUACACAAACACACUUGACAAACACACUGGACACACACACACACACACACACACACACACACACACACACACACACACACACACACACACACACACACACACACACUGGACACACACACACUGGACACACACACACACACACUGGACACACACACACACACACACUGGACACACACACACACACACACACACACAC